AUGAAGUUUCUCGCCGCCGCCACCCUUUUCGGCUUCGCUGCCGCCGCCGUUGAGACCGUCACUAUCUCCAACUUUGUCUACGUCGGCGUCAAUGGCUACCCCCAGAUCUCCUUUCAACUUUCUGUUGAUGGAGUGAGCUGCGCAGCUGAUCACUACACCGUCGACUCACUGGGUAACAAAUGCGAUAACCCUGAGUGGACUUUCGACAUUUUCGAGGCACAAGGCCGCAUGAUUCGCUUGCACCACACCGUUGAUGGGGUCACCCACACUGGUGAUUUCCGCAUUCGCUUGAACGGUCCUAUUCCCACCGUGCUCGACCAGAUUGGUACCGCCACCGCCGACCUCGACAAGAUCACGUCCUAG